GCCAGUGUAGUAUUUGUUAAGGAGAGCUUACCAACAAAUCACAAUUUUUUUUGGGAUUUUUUAGAAUGAUUUGAAACAAUCACAUUGCAUCUUGCACGCCAUAUCCAGGCAGCAAAGUAUCUUAUUGCCGUCCGUGUAAUAUGGAAGAUGUAACUCGUAUUAAAAAUGAGGCCGACGCCGAUUACAGUAAUCUGAAAUGUGAAGAAUCCCCAUCCAAAGAUGAUGAGGACGCCUGUACUCCGCUUCGUGAAGAAGGCGAACAGUCGGCCAUCGACCCGGCAGCGAUCUCACCUAUGGGCGCCGCCGGUUGGGAAAGCGAAGUUGAUGAUCAGGACGAGUUGCUGCCAGCGCCUCCACCACCGUCACUUGAGUGUGAGGUGGACAUAAAGCGGAGCCCACAAAAUGAUUAUUGCCAAACACCAUUGAGAGUAUCGACAACAGACGAACCUCAAAGUGAAUCCGAACAAAAUGCACAUCUUUCGGAUGCGCAGAAUGAUUACGUCGGAGAUCUAAUGGCGCUGGUUGCUCCGAAGGAAGAACGCAAAGAAUUACAAUUAGGUUUUCUUGAUGUCCUUUCGGAGACGGACUUUGCAGGCGUCACAAAUGGAUCCUAUAGCCAGAUGAAUCAACUGGAUACAAUGGAUCUUGAGCCGCCAAAUAUUAUAAAUAGCGAAGAAGAGCGGGAAUUACAAGCCCGCAUCGAGCAGCGGCAAAAGGAACUGGACCAAUUAAAGCGCACAACUACCGAGAAAAGGAGGAAAAAACACAAGAAGGAAAAGAAACACGACAGCCAUAAAAAGCGAAAGCGCAGUCGCAGCAUUAGCCCCAGUUCUCAGAAAAGUCGAAAGGAGCGACGUUUGCUGGAAAGUGAUCGAGCCAGUGGAUCAAGAAUAAGUUCCAAGUCCAUCGUAAAACCGGAACCCGAGGAGCUAGACUUUGUGCCAGUGCGACCGGAGGAGAAGAGCAUCAAAGUAAUCAACAUAAACAAACUAAUGCAAAGAGCAACAGAGCCGACGACUCAACGAACAGUUCAGGAAAGGCGUCAGCUAGGCUUGGAGCGGGCGCAGAGUGUGCUGAAUCUAAUGCGUCUUAAGGCGGCAAAAGCACCGGAGACCGAGUUCCUGGUGGUCAAUACCAUUAAGAAACUGCCCAGCCUUGCGGCAUACAUGAAAAGUGAUAUAUUUGAGAAUCCCUCGCCGCUGUGCAACAAUUUCAAUGUUAGAUAUAAGUUCAACUCGACAUCGGCGUCGAACAUUAAUUUGAACAAAUGGGGCUUGGAGCCGCUGCCAGAUGCGACCAGAGCGUUGUUGCGUCUAACCGGCAUUGAUGCGAUGCGCUUGAUGGAGCUGCAACGGAAUACAAAGAUGUCCCUGCACAAGCUCAGAUCUACGCAACAGGCAGAGAACGGGAAAUGCAGCAGGGAAGAGGACGACUCGCUAUCGACCGGUCUCUACAAGAGUGUGUCCACCCAGACGGAUGCGCGAAUCACCAACCAGAGCCGGGACGUUGGCGUUCAGGCCAUGCCAGCAUCGUACCAGGGCGUCUAUUGGCUAAAUCCCCGUUUCGAUGAUACGGACCUAACGCAACAGCAAACGAACGUCAUGCUGGCAUUGAAGGAGCUCAGCGCAUCGAGUCCCAGCUCAACCUGCUGGGCCGAUCGACUAUUUCGGGAACUGCGCACUGCCUUGGCGAUCAAGCGCGCUGAAGUUAAAGAACUGAGCCAACAUUAAGCUCAAGGAUUACCAAAGAACAAUCACUGAAAGUGCUUUGCCUAUUGACCAAAUAUCAUUCUAUGAGAACCAUCGAAUUUAAAGUUAAUUG